AGGAGGGAGGGGGGGGACAAAAAAAAACAAAACAACAAAAAAAUGCCAUCGGAACCAGCUCACCCGCAGACGUGACACCGAGAAAAAAAAGAAAAACAGGUACUUGGAUUGGUACCUAACUCUGACCCGGAGGUGUCGGAGGGGGAACUGAGAGGACUGAGGAGCGGGGAGUGUCGCCCUUGUCUGGGGGGGAAAGAUGACAGUGGUGCCCGGAGAGAACCUGGAUGAGACUGUGGCACUGGCCGCCCUGUCAGCCCAGGAUGUGUACGACCCGGAGCGAGCCGAGAACCAGGACUGCUGUGAGCGGGUGGUCAUCAACAUCUCCGGGCUUCGGUUCGAGACUCAGCUGAAGACCCUCGCCCAGUUCCCCUCCACUCUGCUGGGGAACCCCCGCAAGAGGAUGCGCUUCUUCGACCCGCUGAGGAACGAGUAUUUCUUUGACAGGAACAGACCCAGCUUCGAUGCCAUCCUCUACUACUACCAGUCCGGCGGCAGGCUCAGGAGACCCGUCAACGUGCCGGUGGACAUCUUCAUGGAGGAGAUUAAAUUCUACGAGCUGGGGGAGGAGGUGAUUGAGAAUUUUAAGGAGGAUGAGGGGUUCAUUAAGGAGGAAGAGCGCCCGCUGCCUGACAAUGAGUUCCAGCGGCAGGUUUGGCUCCUGUUUGAGUAUCCAGAGAGCUCCGGACCCGCCAGAGGGAUUGCAAUAGUUUCCGUUCUGGUCAUUCUCAUCUCCAUUGUGAUUUUCUGCUUGGAGACUUUACCGGAGUUCAGAGAAGAAGCCAGAACAUUUGACGAGCCGCUGGCUGUGAACGGAACCGCGCGCGCAAAGAAGCCAAACCCGUUCACAGACCCGUUCUUCAUCGUGGAGACUCUGUGUAUCAUCUGGUUCUCCUUUGAGCUGCUGGUCCGGUUCCUCGCGUGCCCCAGCAAGCCCGCCUUCUUCAAGAACAUUAUGAACACCAUCGACAUCGUGGCCAUCAUGCCGUACUUCAUCACACUGGGUCUGGAGCUCGCGGAGCACCAGGGGAACGGGCAGCAGGCCAUGUCUCUGGCUAUCCUGAGGGUCAUCCGCCUGGUCCGGGUCUUCCGGAUCUUUAAGCUGUCCAGACACUCCAAGGGUCUGCAGAUCCUCGGGAAGACGCUGCAGGCCAGCAUGAGGGAGCUGGGACUGCUCAUCUUCUUCCUCUUCAUCGGAGUCAUCCUCUUCUCCAGCGCGGUGUACUUUGCGGAGACCGACGACCCAGAUUCGGGCUUCAGCAGCAUCCCGGACGCUUUCUGGUGGGCUGUGGUAUCCAUGACAACGGUGGGGUACGGGGACAUGUGUCCGGUCACCAUCGGGGGGAAGAUCGUGGGCUCGCUGUGCGCCAUCGCCGGCGUGCUCACCAUCGCGCUGCCGGUGCCGGUCAUCGUCUCCAACUUCAACUACUUCUACCACCGGGAGACGGAGCACGAGGAGCAGUUCCAGUACACGCACGUGACCUGCGGGCAGCUACAGCCGCAGUUUGGGGAGUUCAAGAGGAGCGAGAGCAAACCGUCUCUGUGCAAGUCUGACUACCUGGACAGCGAGGACGCGGACUCCAUCAAAUACACCAACUGCAGCCCGCACAAAGCUUACAGCGGGAAGCUCACAGAUGUAUGAUCUGAUCUGAGUUUAAACUCACGAGCUCCUUAUUUCUGCCAUCAAACGGGAAUCAUUUAAAAAUCACAACAGUUGAUGGAUUAUAAGAGAAUUCACAUGAUUUAUCCUCCUGAAACUGUCUUCCAUUACGCGCUUCAUGAGUCAAAGAUCAGCCUAAAGCCAAUCGUAGCACUUUAACCAGUAGUCAUGUUUCUCUUAGUAAAGGCGUCAUUUGUUGCCCGAGUCGCAGGUUGAACGUUUACAUUUGAUUUUUCAGUCUGUUUGAAGAAGCUGAGUUACACCACAGGACCAAUGUAGUCUAAAUAUACAGACUGAUGCAGACAGAGGCACAUGGUGGAUGUUGUUAAUAUGGUCUCUCUCACACACACACACACACACACACACACACACACACACACACACACACACACACACACACACACACACACACACACACACACACACACAAGCGCGCACCUGUUAUUUCAGCCUCAUGUAUUUUCCAUUCAAAGCUGGCUGGAGCUCAGUGUUGGAUCAGGUGAUGUGUUAUUUCAACUGACAGCACGAUGGAAGAAUCGAUUAUCCUAAAAUUAAACGACUUCAAUGUCAGAUUUUAGUAGAAUCGACUCAACACAAACAGCCUGUAAGA